GCUCGGAAAUGCCGCCAGAUUCUAUUUGUUGCUGAGUGCGAACGGAUGCACAUCAUCGCUCUCAGAGUGCAGUGUAUGUAACUGGCGUGGAAUAGGGUUGUAACGCUGAUACAAUCGCAGUAAAGGAUAGCACAGAACACGGGUCGAAGGCUUGUUUCUGUUCGCUUAAUAAGCACGCAGAUAAAGCAAAAUAAAUCGCUAAUCGGGACGGUUUGAAUGGUAAAUGAUAAUUAGUGAUCCAGCAGUGUUCUAAAUAACUUCAAAUCGUCGCAUCGGAUCGUGGAUGAAAUAACUUCACACUUAUGCAACUGCCGGAUGAAUCACGUGCUUUGGAGCAGUCUAGUUCAGUUGCGAGAAAGUGGAGAAAGCAGUGGAAUCGCGUUCAGUGAGGUGUGUUGUUUUUAGCCGAAAUUAAAUAAUGCUACAAAAACGCGUCCUCUUGGGCUAGAGAAGUGCCGUUCCAAAUAUCGCACAGUUGUUGUCAGUUGCAGCCGACUAGGACCAGUAGGGCAGGUUGCUGCCCCGUCCGUGUUAUUGUUUCCGUGUGUAUGGUAUUUGUUUUCGGAGGAAGAAGAAACAAAGCAAAGCCAAGUGCCACUGUGCCUGGGAAGGGAGCCGCGCCAGGAAAAAGGGAAAGCUGUCUCCGACGUUGAUCGCGAUGGCGAAUGGUCCAAAGUGAGCCGAGUGUAUGGAGCUUGUUUUUCCUUAGGAAGGUUUCCUUUUUUUCUUUUGGUUAAGCACAACUCUUCACAAACAGAGCUACGGGGCGGCUCCAGCAGGUACGGAUCUGGACCCCGUUAAUGUCGGUCAGUGCUUCCGUGUGGACCGUGUGCGACCAUGCGAUUAAGUUUAAUCUUCCGUGCUGAACCGGUUGAUGCGAGUGGACUGUAACAGGUGGUGAUUGUGUGUGGUGAUUUUUCUUGGGAAUACUUAUCAGGAGUAGCGGAUCAGCUAUUGAGCAACAACUUUGGAAUAAUCGUAGCUCUCCCGAGUGCACAGUGUGAUUGUACAACCUAUGCGACACCAGGUCGAGGGAACCAAACCAUCUUUUAUGAAACUGCCAUUCGACCGUCUAGCUAGAGUGAUGAAUCUGGAAGAGCCCAGCUUCGGCGACAACUACAUACAGGAGUUUGUGCUGGAACACCUGGACCAUGACACCGGACCGAACGUGAAGCGCGAGGACACCAGCCCCUCGGCUGUCCUCGGCAAUGGUGCCGGGUCGAAGCACCUCUGGAACGGUCCGACGAUGGACGAGAACGGUGGGAUCGUGCCGAUACGGUUGAAAGCGGUCAGCAACGGUGUGGUCGGCGGUGGCUGGCAUCUGGAGGAUGCCCGCAAGCUACACGCCUGCUCACCCGGUCCCGGGGAUCUGUUCACGCACGUCGGUGCACCAACCCACGGCCAACCGAUGCUGUUCAAUCCACCGCUCAGUGGCGUUCCGUCCACUCCACCCGAAACGCCACCCGUCAUCGGGUCGCCCAACUCGUCGGGUGGCGCUGGCGGUGUUAACGGGGUGGUGACCAGCGGUGGAGGUUAUGUUGGCGGUGCGUACUACGGCACCCGAUCCCAGACGGGGUUGGUCGAGGAGAUGAUGUUCCUGCCCCAGACGAUGCGUGGUGAGCAACCGCUCGAUCUUCGGCCCCUGCACUGUUCCAUAGGGCCGGAGGGCGAUUGGAUGGAUCGGAAGGAGUACGCCAGUGUUUUGGCAGUAUCGAAUGGACAAGGCGGCCAGAACGGUAUGCUUGGGGUGGGUGGCAGUGGUGGUGGUGGUGCUGGUGGUCCAGCCGGUGGCAACGGUGGUGUCGGAACGGUGGGCAAUACGGGUGGCGGCGGUGGGGUAGUUGGAGGAGGAUUCCAGCAUCAUCAUCACCAUAUCACGGCGGCCCAGCUCGAGUUCGGACCGCUCAACAUGCACAGUGUGUCGCAUCAACAUCCGCACCACCAUCACUCCCACCAUCACCAUUCCCUUCACCCGAACCGACCGCACUCGGUCAGCUCGACCAGCUCCACCAUUUCCCCCCGCAACGGCACCAGCAGCAGUGGCGGAGGCAGCUGCUACAAUGGUCUGGGAGGUUCCGGCAACGGGCUUUCGUCCGAGGACAUCAUCAACGACGAGCUUCUGAUGACGCUUUCGGUGCGCGAGCUUAACAAGCGCCUGCACGGGUGUCCCCGGGACCAGGUCGUACGGUUGAAGCAGAAGCGGCGCACACUGAAGAACCGCGGGUACGCACAGAACUGUCGUUCGAAGCGGUUGCAGCAGCGACACGAUCUCGAGAUCACGAACCGCCAUCUGCAUCACGAGAUGCAGCAGAUGAAGGUGGAGCUGGCCAAGAUAAAGCAGGAGCGGGACGAGCUCAUCCAGACGCUGCAGAUGCACCAGCGCGAACAAUCGGCACAGCACGGCACGGCGAACGUGUUGCAGCAGCAGCAGCAGCAGCAGCAUCAACAACAUCAGCAGGCCCACCACAAACACCAGCAGGCGCAACAGCAACAUCAGCAUCAGCAACAACAGCAUCAGCAGCAGCAGCAGCACCAGCAGCAACAGCAUCAACACUAUCAGCAGCAGUCUCGUCAGCAACAACAGCAGCAGCAGCAACACCAUCUUCACCAUCAGCAACAACAGCAGCAGCAGCAGCACUUGGGAUCGUCCUGUGGUGGAAGUGCGGGUAGUGGCGGCGGAACCGGAAGUGGAACCGGGGCUGGAGGAAGUUCAGGUGGUGCGGGUGGAAGUGCUGGAGGUGCCAGUGGGGGUGUUGGGGCAGGGUUAGUUUCCUCGGUGAAGCAGCUGAUCGCGGAGAGUGUCACGUCGCAGGAGUACUACGUAUGACGCCAGACGUCGCUCGGUAAUCAUCAAACGCCCUCGUGGGUUGGGCGUUAUGCCUGUUAAUUCCGAGCUGCAGUGGAGUGUGAGUGUGAGUGCAAGUGGACAACGUAAACUGUACAUAGUAGACCUUAGUUGCACGGGGCACACACCGCGGUGAUGACGACGAGCCGAUCGUGAUCGUGUGUGUUGUGGGAAUGGUAUCGAGGCAAAGCGGGUGAACAGGUGUUCUAUUACUUUCUGCAGGAUUUUGUACUUUUUAUCAGUUUGGUCGAACCUAUUUAGGAGUUCUAGAAAUUGGUUGAAUAUCUGUUAUUGAUGAAUCGCUUCUUGUUUAUUUGAAUAUUUUUAAGAUGAAGAGCAUUUUCUUUGAUACUGACAUUUUGAAAUUAGUUCUUCGUCAGUCUCGGAAUGUUAAGAUCCUAUUUUGAUCACAUGCUUUGUUACGAUCAUACUGCAAUUAGAAUAUUACUUUUUCAUUGUACAAUCUUUCGCUCGAAUUGGAUCGUACACCUUCGCGCAGUUUUAUUUUGUUCGCCUGAAUGACUGUAUAGUAUACGAAAGUGUUGAAACGAUCUGCUACUGCUGACCCGGGGGCCUUGCGCUGCAGUGAUAUGUUACUGUAAAACAAGCAGAUAAUGAUCGUCAGGGUCACCGAAAAACGUUGUAAAAAGAGAUCCCGAACGCCACCACUACCAGAACAAGUAGUUUACGAAGUGUUUACGACGAUACUAAUGGCAAACGUAGCGAAUGAAAUAUGUUGUAAUAUUCACAGGCACACACACACGUUCAUUAAUUGUGACAGAAGAAACGCAAAGCAAGCGAAAGGCAAUAAGACGAUCGGGUACGGUAAAUAUCAUGUUAAUAAAAAUUACAAUAACCGACGAUCGCUAGGGAAUGAUAGAUCAAUGUAUUAUGUACCGAGGUGCGAGAAAAAAUUGUUUAGCUUAUAAUUUUUCUGCAUCUCUUAUCGUACGGCAGCGCUGUAAAGAAGAUCGAACGCGCUGACCUACUCGCUAGUGUAUAAAUAGAUAAGAACUCAAAGCAAGCGACGUCGACGGCGACGUUUAUCAUUAAAUGAUGUUGACGAAAAGUAAAAAAAAAAAAUUACAAACAAACAAAAAAA